UUAUAGGGGCCUUCAUUUGAUAAAAACCGAAUGAUAGAAUUACCUACAGUGAAAAGAUUAUUAGACUGGCUUUUCGGGCUUACCGUAAUUUGAUCAAGGUCCCAACGGGUAACUGUAGACAAAUGAACGAGCAUUCUGUUUGGCUGAGAGCCAGACAUUACAAAUUUGUUAGAAAGUUAUAUUGGGCAGACUAUGCGGGGAUAAAUUCAAUUAAAACUGGAUAAUUAGAUCACGUUUAGUAUCGGUGUUACAUACAGAUAGUCCUCUUGGGGCUACCGUACAUUACCAUUCUGUGCGCUGAUUGGCUGAGAGCCGGCCGUACCUCCGUUCUGUGCGCUGAUUGGCUGCGAGCCGGCCACACCAAAUUUGUUAGAAAGUGACGUUCAAUCGAACAAAAAUGGCGGAAGGUCUGGACGGUCGCGAGUUCGGCAAGUCGGAUUUCGUCCUUCUGGACGAAGUCACGAUAGAUUCCUUCAUGCAGAACCUGAAACUCAGGUUCCAGAAGGGAAAGAUCUACACGUAUGUGGGAGAGGUGGUGGUUUCUGUUAACCCGUACCGAACCAUGGACAUCUACGGGCCUGACGCGGUGAAGCGUUACCAGGGACGGGAGUUCUACGAGUGCCCGCCACAUCUGUUUGCUGUCGGCGACGCGGCGUACAAGAGCAUGAAGAGGCAGUCCAGGGAUACGUGCAUCGUCAUAUCAGGGUUGUAG